AUGGAAUUAGAUGAACAAAAUAAUUUUAUUAAAAAAGCCCGACUUUUAAAGACUGAAAUAAGUAAUAUAACAAGUAAAAUAGACAACCAGGAUGUAAUUCUUGAAUCGAUUAAAGGUUCUACUGAAAAUGCCUAUAAGAAUGUAAAUGAAAAUUAUUUUAAUUUUAAUUAUAUUAUGACACGUCUUGAGAAUGAUUAUAGAACCACCCUUAUAGGAAUACUUGGACUCAUAAUAAUAUUUAUGUGGUUAUUACUUAAGCUUUAA